UACUACUACUACUAUCCUCAUCCUUGCCCCGGCACAGGGAACUGCAACUACUCACGCUACUCUAGAGCAGACAAAGCAUGAGUAGUAGUGACCAGAGAACCCUGCGCCGGCCACAGCAGCCAAAACAGCCAAGCAAGCCAGCGCAUCACCCGCACGCAUCACCAUCAACCCCUCUCUUUUUCCCCUUCCUCAUCAUCAUCAGCAUCAUCAACAACAUCAUCGCGCAUCAUCACCUCCGCGCCGCCGCACAGACGCCCCUCCAAACCCAACCCCAACCCACAGCGCAACAAAACAGUGCGCAGGAGAGAGGAGAAAAAGUUGCAGGGAAGAAAAGGGUCGUCUGGGCGGGCACCGCAACGGCAACACCCGUGUGUCAGGCACAUCUCAAUGCUCAAUAAUCAUCUAUCCCGAUUCCCAGCCCAGCCCGAACACCCGCCCAC